CCACCCAAGCUCAAUCAGACAUCAUGGCAGCCAAAGCUAAAGCGAGGACCGUCCUCGUCAAGCUCGUCUCGAGCGCAUUGACGGGCUACUUUUACACGACGACGAGGACCAGGUUGGCCGACAAGUUGGCUUUCAGAAAGUACGACCCGAUCGUUCGCCGGCACGUCCUCUUUACCGAACAGAAGAUGAAGUAGACUCCCCUUCAAAACUCUGGGAAAGGCGGACCUGAUCGCUCAGGCGUCCCAUACAAGCCCAAAGGUGGAACCCACCACUGCUGUUCGUAUCACCGCAACUUCCUGGACUCCGUCUCUCGCUCCGGGUCGGUCAUGAACUACACUCGGCGCACAUCCGGGAUCUCCAUUCGGCCGCUCCUCAAACCCAAAUCCAGACUCGAAACAUACAUACACCUUGACGCCCGAAUGGGAUGCGAGACGCCUCGAUCUAGACUCGGACGGAUUUCGAUCUCUGCAUUGUCAAACGAAAAAGAAUAGAAAACAAAACAGUAUAAAAAUGCCUCAUACCAUAGCCUACU